AUGACUGAUAAAUCUCGGGAGCAGCCAGCAGAGGCGAUGCCAAGCGAAUAUAUUUCAAAGCUUUUGGCUUUAUUACGAAGCCCUGGUGACAAUAGGAAAGUCAUUUUGACACUUUAUCGGACUCUUUCUCUGUGCAGUCAUGACAGUUUGAAAACGUUGUUCACAAGCGAUCAGUGGCCCUGGAAUGAUAUUUUUGCGACGUUGGAUGGGUUCAAUGAGGACGAAGAGGUUUGUGAAGCAGUUUUGUUUUUCUUGGUCAAUGGAUUUGCCGUAUAUCUUCCAAAUGACUGGCAAAAUCAAACAACAAGAUUUUGCAGAGCCAUUCAUGCGCAUAAGGCUGUAGAGUUCGUUUCGAGCAAAUUUUUGACACAAGCUUUGAACAGUGACUCUUAUGCCACUUUUACAAAUCUGAUCACUGAUUAUUUGGGUUUUAUUCUCAGGCUUGUUGUCACCGAAAGGGAAUUCGGAAUUUUGAUGAUGACCGACUUAUAUGCGUUUUUAAAGCUAAGCGGUGGAUUCACAAUUCUGUCUUUUUCGUUACAAGAAGAGACAAUUAGCGAAAAGGUAAAAGAUUGCACAGUUCUGUUGAAUGACGUCGAAAAGAUUUUGCAAGAUGAAAGUGUGGAAAAUGUAAGCCUACGGCUAAAAUCAAAGCUGGGAGAUCUUCUCGAUAAGCAUUUCAGAAUUGAUGAAAAGGUAGAAUCGCCUUUGUCUAUCCAAAGUAUAGACAGACUUUCGGUCUUAAACACCAUCGAUCUACUUUUGUUUCUAAAGGACAACAAUUUGGGAUUUAGGAAGAAAUUUUUGGAAAGGCUUCUUUUCGAAGAAGAUCAAUUUCCACUAAUCGAGGCUUCAGUCAUGGUUUCAACCGCGAUUGCCCGUUAUUGCGGUGCUGCGAUUCAAGACGAAGCAUCUGUGGAAUUUGCUGUGAGCUGCAUAUUAAACAAAGAUCUGCUUAUUUAUACCAUGCUAGACAAGCUGCUUCAAUUUUGGAUUGAAUCUUCUGCUGAUGAUAAAGAUGAUCUCGAAUCCAUUUUCCAACUUUUAAGCAUGUUUGUUUUCAAUGCAGAAACUAAAUCAGGUUUAAACUCAAGCAGCUUAUCCGACUCCAUACACAAUGUCAACACUCUUAAUUACAAAGCUUUGAGAAAAGAGCAACUCAAAAAGAUUAGAGACGGUCACAAUCAAAAAUGGAAAAAACAGAUCGCCCAAUUUGACUCGAUGUUGUCCCAUCAAGUUGUUGAAUAUGUCAGACAUCAGCGUCUCUUACAACUCCACAAAGGCUCUUGGGUUUAUUCCGAAAACCCGCUCGAUCCAAACAUUAAACAGCCCAAAGUAUACUUCAUUGUGUUGUCCGACAAUCAGAUGAACUUGCUAGCGAAAGAAUUCCGUUAUCGUGUAGAGGAUUCGCCACAAGUCUUGGGGAAUGAAAUUGCGGCGAGUUCGGAAACUCAGUCAUCGAAAGGUAAGACGAUUGCCAUUCCUUUGAAAAAAAUCUCGAAGUUCCACAAUGUCAGGGUUCAAGCAGAAAACAAGGUCCCCGAAAAUGCCAAACUUGUGAAUAUUUUGAACAAAUCGGUUUAUACUGAAAUUCACUUACUCGCUAGAGACUCGUCACUGCUACUGCGAUUCUACCUGGACACGAAAGAAGCAUCCUACGUAUGGUGGGAUGGUUUGCAAAUGAUUGUAUCUUCGCUCACAUCGGGUCAUGAGAAAAUGACUAUAUCGGAGGAUACGCGUUCCCAAAUUGACGGUUUAGUGAAUUUGAGGAAAAAUGUUCAGACAAUAGGUCUUGGUGACCUGAACGAACUUGAAUCGAAUGACGACGAUUCUGAAACCGAGGAUUAUUAUUACGACUUAGACCGUUUGAAGGAACUAACAACAAAUUUUUACUACGAAUGA